AUGCCAUCACCAGAAUUGAACCACGCCAUCAACCACACCACAUUAUCACGGCUCCAGAGUCUUGUGAGAAGGCUCUGUGACGCGUCACCCACAGCGCGAGCUCUAGUCGAACAAGAGCUUCUGGCUUCCUCCUCGGCAACCAAUGUCGUUGAUCUCACAACCGAGGAGCCACAACAGACAUACCAGCAGAUUGUUAGCAGUGAGAGUGCANAAAGACAACGCUAUGCCAUGUGCGAGCACUGCAAGGAAGAAUUCAAUGUUACUGACAAUGGAGAAGAUAGUUGUCGAUACCAUGAGGGUAGUCUCGAAGUCGAUGAUGACGGCGACUUUUGGGCUGAUUGGGACGAAGACUGCCAUGGCACUAUCGACUUGGAUCUUGCAGAUGAGUAUCCCGAAGGCUUCAAAUGGACAUGUUGCGAUAAUACUGGAGAUGAGGAAGGAUGUACGACUGGUCCGCAUAUGGUUGAUGGGAGGUACAAACCCGAGGAGGUUAAGAGGAGGAGAGUGUAG